GUUGUCGGGGACGCGCAAUCGGGAGUGUACCCCACUCAUACUCCACCCUCAUCUAAACCUUGCGCGUGCUCAAGAGCCCUUAGUUUCCGUUUUGUUUCCUGUGUGCAGGGCAUAUUUCUCAGCGCUGCGCUGGCAUAGCAUACUUAUUGUGCGAAUCGAGUUGUAAUCAAGGGGAAUCACUUCGCUCAUUCUUGGCAGGAUAACGGACUUGGUACAUGGUUCAUCGCCCCAACAAGGAGGAACCAAAACAUGGAUGUUGAACAGACCAAAGUAUUGGACCUUGCACCUGAGACUCAGGAUCUGCUGAAAACUGCAACAGAAACAGUGCCAGCAUCAAAGUUAGAGUUACAUGGGGAACACAGCGACCCUGAGAAACUGCCAGUCACAGUUCAGGAAACUGAACAGCUGCCUCUAAAUGCCAAUGAAACAGUGAAUGGAAAAGUUGAUGACAUGACAACUGCAGUGACAGAAUCGGCUGAAGAAAGUAAGAAAAUCAAAAUGGUGGCAAACCAGUCACCUGAUGAGUGUACUGACAAAUUGGUGGAAUCUGAGAAGGUGGCUGAACCAGAAAAAAUUGAAGUAGGCAGAUCAGUGGAGAAAGUUCUGGAUCCAGUUUCACACAUGGAACCAGAGAACAUCCAGAACUUGCCAGAGAAAACCCUAGAAGCUCUCCCAUUGGCUGAACCACUGGCGGCAAGCCAUCCAGUGGUGGUUCAACUAUCGGAGCCGGUUUUGCCUGAGUCACAGAAACCGGAGGAUGUCGAACAGCUUUGCCAAGACAAAGUGCCAGAGCAAUCUGACAAACGGGCAGAUGUCCAGAUGGUGAUGGCAGUGGAACCAGAUAUUCAGACAAAGCCAGAAGUCGUAAAGGCGGCGCAGGCAGAACUAGUUCAUGAGGUAGAGGCCGAGCCACAGUUGGAAGCAAAGGCUGUGAAUGUAGAAGCAGAGAAACCAAAAGAGACUGAAGAGGACGUCAUGGCAGAGAGCCCAAUCAAGGAGGAGGUGACAAAGAAACCAGCACAAUCUGAAGAUGUGACCGUGAAGGGAGUGGACGUUGAGAAGCCAGAAGAAACUGAGACUGUAACGGUGGAGGUGGUAGCAGUGGAGAUGACAGUAGAGAGUAAGAAAUUGGAGCAGCAAGUUGUACAGAUAUCACAGGGGGAAGAGCCUGUUCCUGCACCUGGAUCUCUAUCCUUUGCCCUGCUGCAGGAAAAGCAGACCAUGGCUACCUUGCGCACCUCCCGCACCCUUAUUAUCCUUAGAGGCCUGCCCGGCAGUGGGAAGAGUCUCCUCGCACAAGCUAUCGCUGAUAGCUACAAGGAUCUCUGCACUGUGUGCUGUGCUGAUGACCAUGGAGUGAAACCAGAGAGCCCAGAAGCAUCUGCGUACAAGGCACUGGAAGAAGCUGUGGUGGUGUGCUGCAGUGCAGGACCAGCUGCUUCUGUGGUGGUGGUAGAUGACACCAACCAUACCCAUGAUCAGUUGGUCCUUCUGGGAGAGCUGGCAGAGCAGCAUCGGCUGGUGCCCAUAUUUCUGGAGCCCCGCACUGAGUGGAACAGCGAUUUUGCACAGCUGGCCAAGAAGUCUCGUCGUGGUUUAGAGGAGGCCCAGAUUCAGGCAAUGAUGGAGCCAUAUAAGGAGACAGCCCUGCCCUUGUUCUUUGGCUGGUUCCUUUUCCACGGUAUCCAGGACAAGGUCAGGUGCACUGCCAUGGACUUCCUGAAGACCUUGGACACACUCGAGGCCUUCAAGAAGCACUUGACUGACUUCACGGGUGAGGCUGAAAAGGAGGUGGACCUUGAACAGUAUUUCCAGCCCAAAGGACCCCUUCAUUGCACUACCAAAUUUUGUGACUAUGGCAAGGCAGAAGGAGCUACGGAAUAUGCUGAGAAACCGGCUGUGAAGGAGUUUUAUGGCUCUGCAUCUGAACUGUCUCUAAGCGCCCUCUUUGUCACGCCUCGCACGGUUGGUGCACGGGUUUCUCUCACUGAGAAUCAGCUGGUGCUGUGGCCAGCUGAUGAGGUUGAGGCGGCGGCGGCGGCAGAGUCUGGCGUUCCUCCCCCUGCACCUCUGCCCCUCGGCAGCCGUGCCCACAUCACCCUGGGUUGCGCAGAGGAUGUGGAGCCAGUUCAGACAGGGCUUGACCUUCUGGAGAUCUUGGCACUACAGGAACAGGAGGGUCAACAGGAGGAGCUGGUGGAGAUGGAACUGGGCUCUCUGGCAUACUAUGGCAAAGGCAGAUGGAUGCUUAGUCUGAGGGAGCCCGUUUCAGCUCACGCUUGUUUCACAAGCUUGUAUGGUCCCAAGAAGGUCGACCCAGCCAAAAAGGAGUCUGAAAAGAAAAAGAAGCCAAAGUGCACCAUCCUCUAAAUGGGGGGGAAAAGGGUUGAAAUGAUGUGUGGGAUGACUGGUGUAAUAGUGUUUUGAUCCAGUGGGUGGGAGGGUGUUUGCUAUGUUUGGGAUUCUGGUGGUGUGUUUUUAUGCCCCACCCUAAAUCCACAAGCUUUGUGCCUUUUCUCUUGCGUUGCAUCACACAAACCACGAGGCCUUUAGACUACAGUUGGGUCCAGCUCAUAUCCCUGUUCAGUGUUUUUGUCAUGCAUUUAGGAGCCACAUUUACGAAGUCAGUUUUUUGGUUCAAUUACAGCUGUGACCAAGGGACUGCUUCACUUCACUAUAAUAACUUGUUUUUGGCAGUGUUUCUAUAUAUAUAUAUAUAUACCCAUUUGUAUUUAGAUGAUCAUUUCCAUAUGGUGUGAUUGAGGAAGUUGGAUGUCAUUGCAUGCUGGAUUUUACCGUAUAUCUGCUCCCAUCCAAUGUAUUGAAAAGCUGCCACAUAGCCUUUGCAGCGAUGUCUUGUGACGCUGGUCAGUUUACUGUGGUUUAGUUGUGAGUUAGCCACUUGAGUGUUCGUGCAUGUCUUUGCGUGUCUGUUGAAUGAACAAAUUGUAGCUCAUGGGCAAAAGGUGUGCGCUUAGUGUAUGUGCAGGUUUGAAAAUGUCAAGCAUAGUUAGCAAAUGUUUUUUACACAUGGAUGCAGUUAUGAAAGGGAGAGUGCUGAUGGAAUCUGUACUUUUUCAUCAGCUGGUACUUGUUACUGGUGAGAGUCCAAGUCCACAUUUUGCAAUCUUUGUGUCCUUCCAGACUGCACCAUGGAACGAUCCCACUACUGUUUGAACCAAACUUUCUUCAUCACAUUUCAACAUAUCACUAUCAGUGAGCGAUGUGUAGGUUACUUAGAGCAGCGCCAUGCGUAUGUAGCGGUUACGAGUCACUAUUUCACUAUUUUUGCACUUGUUUUUUGUACACUUAAUAAAAUAUGCUUCGCUCAAAA